ACAGCCAGUGUGUGUGUGUAUAUGUGUGUGCGUGUGUGUUCCAUCACCUUUUCUUCAGGCACGGUGUGGGUGGCCGUGGUGGCGGGCACCAUGGUGUGGGGCGCGGCGCUGUGGCUGUUGAUAAGUAUCAAAAGAAACUCGUCAGAGAGGCACCUCCUCAACCUCUCCUCCUCGCUCUUCUACGGGUGGGGGCUGCUCCUGGAAGACCAGCCCUACCACCCCCCUGCCUUCAGCGCCGGGCAGCUUAUGGUUGGCGUGUGGCUCAUUGCCUGUUUGAUCCUGAGAGCGUCUUACACCUGCUCCCUCAUAUCUCACCUGGUCGUGCAAGGCAAGUCUGUGGCCAUCAACAGUCUGGAGGAGCUGGUGGAGUUGCAGAGGAGCAAAGGGUGGGAGUGGGGUACACGGACCUUCGACGGCGCCUUCAACAGCCUCCUCACCAUCAGCACGAACCAAGACUACCAAACCGUCAAGACACACAUGCAGACGCUGGAGACCGACAUCGGCAUCAGGCGUGUGCUGGAGGGCGGUUUUUCUUACAUACGCAACUAUUACGUAACGAGAAUACUAAUGGAGACUUACCACUCAAGGGAGGCAGGCGAUAACCCUUUCCAUAUUGCCACAGCCAGGUACCCUUUGUUUGCUGGGAACACUUGGGCCUUCAGGCGUGGGACGUCGUUCAUAACUCGUUUUGACGAUGUUCUGCAACGGUUCCUUGAUAGCGGACUAAUAACGCACUGGAUGGACGACGUCAUCAGUAAACACAUCUGGGAAAAACGCCGGGAGAAGAAAGAUACUUCCUUUACGACAUCAACGUAUGCAAUGGUACAGUACACACAUAAUGCUGCUCCAUGGUUCUUAGUAAGAUAUGGAGACAUGGUGGCACAAUCUGUUAUGUUUUUUUACACACACACACACACACACACACACACACACUGUCUAGCUUUCACAGCGAUCAUACAUGCCAUGUUGUACUCUGCGCCAAGUGACUAACCCUAACCAAGGAUCUUGACGCUGUCUGUGUUACUUGAAGCUCAAGAACGGACUUUUCGCAUAGAAUUGAAGUUAAUGGUCGAUCAACUCAAGACAAGGAUUCAGAUAGUAAAAGGUACUAUGACCGACUUUAUCAAGAACCUGGAAUUCUCUCAAAGUGGAAUACUAGACCUAAAGAACGAUUUGAAGAUGCUUCGAAAAUAUAACAAUGAUAAACAAGCGGUGAUUGGCAGCCUGAUAUCAAGAAUCACUGAAAUGGAACAACGCCAGAACUAUCAAGAGGACUACAGCAGUUGUGACAACCUUGGGAUAACUGAUCUUCGGGAACUAUCGGGCAACAAGACUUGGGAGCAUACAUCUUAAGUGUGACAAGACUACUACAGGACAAACUCCAGCUGCCAGCUGUCGACAUUGCAAGAGCACAUCGAGCGGGCCCAGUCACGCCAUCCCGUCCUCCAUCAAUCGUCGCACGUUUAGAGAAGUUUAGUGAUCGAAAAUCUGUGAAAAGGAAUGCCAAGAAAUUAAAGGGAACAGGAAUAUUCAUAAUUGAAGACCUCUGUCCAGCUUCCCUUGAAAUCAAGGAAAAAAACAGCUUCCUCUGAUGAUGAAAGCUAGAGAAAAAGGAAAAAUCGCGUUUUCUCGGCAUACGCGACUCGUCUUAAAGGACAAGACUGGCCAACAACCAAUAUCCUCGACGCUUGUUGAUGGUUCGCCUUACCGAGGAUGUGGUUCAGGACCUUGCAGCGCAGGCAAGGACGGAGCGGCAGCGCUUGUUGCUGGUUCACCUCACCGGGGACGUGGUUCGGGGCAUCGCAAUGUUGGCGAAGAUGGAGCAGUGGCACUUGUUGUUGAUUCACCUCACCGGGAACGUGUUUCGGGGCCCCGCAGUGCUGGGAAUAACGAAGCGGCGGCGCCUGUUGUCGGUUCGCCUCACCGGAGGAGUGGUUCGGGACCUCGCAAAACUGUCGGGGACGGAGCGGCGGCGCCAGUUGUUGAUUCGCCUCACCGAGGGCGUAGUUCGGGACCUCGCAAUGCAGGUGGUGACUGAGGUGCAGUCAGAGCAGCGGCGGACGUAGGGUUUACUUCUCCAGUAGGUGCUGCACGACCUGGAUUCACCGCGGCGACGGCUCCACAGGCCGCCGGCACUAUGCAACAAAGAGCUGACAAUGGUGCCAAUGGUGCCAAUGAUGGUCUCACAGCGUCGCCUCCUGCCGGUGCUGACGGGAUCUUCUUUGCACCUUGCAUUUCUACGUUUACUAUUUCAUGACUAUUCGCA